AUGCUCGACGUCUCACUGGUAGCAUUCGAGGUGCUGGGGCCGGUCCAAACAACCAGUCUGGUAACCGGUCUCGCGCUUACAGGAUGUAUAUCGUACAUGUUAUAUUUCCACCCCCUUUCGCAAUACCCAGGGCCAAAGAUAGCUUCUUUGACGAGUCUCUGGAGGGCAUAUUAUGUUUACAAGCUAGUUCUCCACGAGAAGCUAGUCGAGCUACACCAGCAGUAUGGGCCCGUCGUCCGAAUCGGUCCUAACCAUCUCCAUUUUUGGGACGGUGAAGCUAUCGCCCCGAUCUACAAAGGGGGCAGGAAGAUGGGAAAGACAGAGUUUUAUGAUGCCUUCACUGCAUUUAACCCCAAUCUCUUUGGGGGCAGGGAUGAAGAUAUCCAUUCCCUUCGUCGACGACAACUAGCCCACGGAUUCUCACAAACAUCAGUCGAAAACUUCGAGCCCCUCAUCAAUAGCCAGAUAGAGAUCUUGCUCAGCAAACUCAACGAGUUGGCAAAAACCGAAGAGGUCUUUGACCUGAAGUCUACCAUCUCGUGCUUUGUUCUUGAUAUCCUAGGCGAAGUCGCAUUCAGCCGGCCUUUCAAUGCCCAACUCAGAGGAGAAGCAAAUGAAAUACACGCAAUAAACGACCACAUCCUCCUAUCAUGCGUAAUUGGUGAACUUCCCCUCCAAGCACUGUCAAAACUUUUAGCUCGAUGGUCGCCUGUUCCGUGGAUGCGAAAACUGGGGAAGAGCAGAAAUAACCUCAAGGCAACGUGCUCCGAGUGCGUUAGCAACAAAAUCAACAAUGCAUCCGACCGUCGGGAUCUACUCCAAAGCCUUGUGACUGCGAAAGACGUUGAAACCGGCGCCAGUCUCACUGAGCAAGAAAUUAAUUCAGAGGCGUUUGCUAUGCUGGUAGCAGGCUCUCAUUCGACCUCUGGUACACUGACACUCCUCUUUUGGCACCUCAUUCAUAACCCAGAGGUAUAUGCUGCCGUCGCCACUGAGGUAGCCCGUAUUCUUCAGCCACUAGAAGAUGGAGACAUUUCUUAUCCCAUCAGGGGACUGGAGGCUUCUUUGCCAUACACCAUGGCAUGCGUGAGGGAGAACUUUCGCCUGAACCCAGUGUUUACCAUGCCGCUAUGGCGAAGUGUCGGGUCACCAGGCGGUGCGAGAAUUGGCGAAUUUGACGUGCCAUAUGGUACCAAUGUCUGCAUCUCGAAUUAUGUCCUCCAUCACAAUCCAGAGAUCUGGGGCGAAGAUCAUGCGGUAUUUCGUCCAGAUAGAUGGCUGGCAAAAGACGAGCCCAACCGGAGUCGGUUCCUCAUCCCAUUUAGUAUUGGACACCGCAUGUGCAUCGGUCGAAAUCUCGCCAUGACCAAUAUAUUGAAGACGCUUACUACCUUGAUCAGUAAGUUCGAGUUUCAUCCCAUCUCUCGGGAUGACCAUGUCCGGGUCCGCAGCUCGGGGAUUGGGGAGAUGGAGGGAUCCUUUCGAUGUAAAGUUUCCGUGAAACGCUGA